CUUCGCUCAAUUAAUAAUUGGAUGAAACAACCCAAAAUUUAGCAAGCCUAUAAAUAGUUCUAGAAGUCAUUCCCUGGGCCAAAACCUCAGCUGCUUCUCCGACUCACCACCACGUUACCUGCGUGUUUCUGUACGUCCUUUCUCUCUCCUCACUGUCUCUCUCUCUCUCUCUCGAGAAGCACAAAGCUACCAGACUCAAGAUCGAAGCCAUAUCGAAAUCGCUGCAGGGAAAGCCCCUUCAAUUUUGAAUCCUUGAUCUGGUUAUUUCCUCUCUCUCUGGAACUUGAAAGGCACAAUGCUGAGAGGAAAUCAAGGAAACCCUAAUCAGAAUCCUAGGACACAAAAUACAAACAGAGCAGUGAUGGGCAUCAAAUUUCAAUAUCUUCCCAAGGGUUUGGUGGUGGACAUUCUCUCAAGGAUAGUCUGCGUCAAGACCGUCUUGAACUGCAAGUGCGUUUGCAAAGAGUGGCUUUCUAUAAUUUCUGACCCUCAAUUUGCUCGUCUCCAUCUUCCGAGAUCACCCAUUGGGAUCUUGAUGAAGGAAUGGCACCUUGAUAAUGAUUGGAUAGCGGGAAAACUUGAUUUUGCCCAGAUAGUAGAAGGUGCUGGUUCUGAUUUGGGGGUCGAGAAAACGACUUUAACUCCUAAUAAUAGCCUGCCCAAUUUUCGGUUCGAGUUGAUAAACUCAUGUAACGGUUUACUUUGUUUGUAUGGGCCGGAGACUGAUUGCCUGUAUGUGUGCAACCCUGUGUUGGGUGAGUGCAUCACAAUUCCACAUAAUAGUAAUGGCAGGCAUCGGUGCGGGUUUAUUGCACUUGGUUACAGCAUUGGGACCAAUGAUUACAAGGUGUUGCAAACAACCUUAUCUAACAACGAAUUCUAUGGUGAGCGUGAGGCUGAGAUAUACACCCUUGGCACUGGAGUUUGGAGAAGCAUUGGAAGUGUUCCUCAAACUAUACUUAAGAGAUAUAGAGACGCAGCAAUUGAGUUACCAUUUGAAGGUUUUCUGCACGGAGCUCAACAUUGGGCUCCGUAUGACUUGUCAGAGUUUUCUAUAUAUUCUUUCAAUUUUGAAAGAGAACAAUUUCGAUUGCUACCCCCACCUACACUCUCACCUGGGCUGUUGGAAGAAAUGCAGAAGUGGUAUUCAAAGUAUUUACACUUGGGACAGUUAGAAGGUUGUCUCCUUCUAUGUGUGCAGGAUAAACCGUCUACCAACUUAGAGUUGUGGGUUAUGAAGGAAUAUGGGGUCCAGCAGUCUUGGACUAAAAUUCUUGUCAUUGAUAACUUGACCCCAAAAUCUUUCGGGUACAUGCCAAUUAUGUUUUUGAGUAAUCGAGAAAUCCUAAUAGCAUACGUGGAAGAACAAAACAACGGCAGUGGCAGCCGGCUUGUUGGUUGUUUCAAUCAAGAAGCAAAAACUUUCAGCCGAACUACAGUUACUGAUCACACCCAGGAAUUUUUUCAUGCAAUUGCUUACAGUCCAUCCUUUGUUUCACUCUACGAUGUUGCAAAAGGAGAAGAAGUGGAAAGGAUAAGAGAUAGCAACAAGCCGAUUGGUAAACCGAGUUAUGAUCGUUCCGGUUUUGGGAUGCCAACCCACGUGUACUCUUUUGACUUAAGACGGCGUGCUUUUGAUGGUUGGUUCUUCCAAAAUUCAUAUAUGAAUCACUUUUGUUAUGCGUGAAUGCGUAAACGCGUCAACAAUGCUUUGAGCGGGAAGGGUUAUGUUUUUGGAGAGGAGAUUCCCAAUGUGUCAACAACGCUUUGUAGCCAGACUCUCGUGAUGCUAAAGCAGUUCUUCCUUUUUGUUCUUCGUCAAAGACUGCGGCCGCCCUGCCUCCGUUUACAUUUAUUUCUUGUUUCUUAUAUUUCUUUUCUUUAGGCAUUUUUCGGUGCAAACACAAAAUCCAAGAGGGAGUUGUUUUAAUUUGUACUAGCCUAUAUGCAUGCCCUCAUAUGCAUGCUAAGGACCUUUUUUUAAUGACUGGAUGUUACGCACAAGUUACAAAUUUUUACUGCAUUAA